AUGAGUUGGUUCAAAGAAAUUUUCAAGGGUUCAGUAAACAGAAGAGUUUCAAGGGGUCACUAUGAUGGAGACUGGCAUGAAGGCCAUUCAUCUGAUCACAUCAGAGAUACUUACGAUGACAGUGAUAAUGAAGAUAUGGAUCGUGCUAUUGCAUUAUCGCUAGCUGAGGAAGAUCAGAAUAAGGGAAAGGCGGCGGCUAUUGAUACUGACUAUAAUUUGGAGGAAGAUGAACAACUUGCACGGGCUCUGCAGGAGAGCCUCAAUGCAGAGUCUCCUCCUCGACGGAAUGUUCCUAUUGAGGAUGUGCCAGUGCCUCCUCGAUGGGAUGUUCCUGUUGAGCGUGUGCCUCCUCAGCAGUAUGUUCCAGCAAAUGAGCCACCUACACUAGUUUACCCACAGAGUGGAUCCAGGAUUUGUGCUGGAUGCCACAACCCGAUUGGCCAUGGGCGUUUCCUUAGCUGUAUGGGUUCAGUUUGGCAUCCGCAAUGCUUCAGAUGUUUUGCUUGCAACAAGCCCAUAUCAGAGUAUGAGUUUGCUAUGCAUGAUGAUCAGCCGUACCACAAAUCCUGCUACAAAGAGUUUUUUCAUCCAAAAUGUGAUGUCUGCAACAACUUUAUUUCAACAAAUAGAGAUGGCCUCAUUGAAUACAGAGCACAUCCUUUCUGGAUGCAGAAGUACUGUCCUUCCCAUGAAGAUGAUGGCACUCCUAGGUGCUGCAGUUGUGAACGAAUGGAGCCAAGGGAGAUCAAGUACAUAACAUUAGAUGAUGGGAGGAAACUCUGCUUGGAAUGUCUCACUUCUUCAGUAAUGGAUACUCCAGAAUGUCAACAUCUUUACAUGGAUAUUCAGGAAUUUUUUGAAGGUUUGAACAUGAAAGUAGAACAGCAAAUUCCAUUACUUUUGGUUGAGAGGCAGGCUCUGAAUGAAGCCUUGGAAGCUGAGAAAAAUGGGCACCACCUACCAGAAACCAGAGGUCUAUGUCUUUCUGAAGAGCAAAUUGUUAGAACGAUCUUAAAAAGACCAAAGAUUGGACCAGGAAACAGAAUCAUAGAUAUGAUUAUAGGACCAUAUAAGCUGUCUCGGCUGUGUGAAGUGACUGCAAUCCUUAUAUUAUAUGGUCUGCCAAGAUUACAAACUGGUUCCAUUCUUGCCCAUGAGAUGAUGCAUGCAUAUCUUCGUCUCAAAGGAUUCCGAAAUCUUAGUAUUGAGGUUGAAGAAGGCAUCUGCCAAGUUCUGGCCUACUUGUGGUUAGAGUCAGAAAUCAUCGCUGGUUCUAGUAGCAACGUCGCAUCCAGUUCAGAAUCAUCAUCUUCGUCAUCCUCAGGUCCUACCUCUUCAAAGAAGGGUGCAAAGACCGAAUUCGAGAAGAAGCUUGGGGCAUUCAUCAAGCACCAGAUCGAAACGGAUUCUUCUGAGGCAUAUGGAGGUGGUUUUAGAGCUGGCUAUCCGGCUGUUGAGCGCUAUGGCUUGAAAAGAACCCUUGAUCAUAUUAAGUUGACAGGGACUUUCCCAUAUUAA